AGUGGACAAACGGGGCAGCGCCGUCUCCUUCUCCCAAGCCUGUGCACAUCGCAUCCUCCAGCCGUUGUCCACGGAAGCUCAGCCCACCGACGUGGGUUUCCAGCAUGGCCACCUACAACCUCUGGGUGUCCACAGGCAACUUUCUCCAGUCGGGCUCACUCAGCCCGGUUUUUGCCACCUUGGUGGGCACCGAUGGCGAGAGCCCCAAAACAAAGCUGGACAACUGGGGCCUGGAUUUCUACCCAGGAAGGGAGAGUGAAUACGAAAUCAACUGUGAACAUGACCUGGGAGAAAUUUUGCUCCUCCGUCUCCACAAAGAAAACUUCAUUGAAAUCAUCUCAACUAGCUGGUUCUGCAAUUUUACCAAGGUGACGGACCCCAAAAGGAAAAUCUUUAAUUUCCCUUGCUACCAGUGGCUUGAAGGCCACCAGAUCCUGGAUCUCAGGGAGGGGACAGCAAAAACACCUGGCAUGGAUACCGUCCCAUUACUCCAAAACCAGCGAAAGAAGGAAGUUCUGAAGAGGCAGUCAUCCUAUGCCUGGAAGGUGUUUGCUGAAGGUGUCCCUCACUGCUUGGAUUCAGAAUCCAUUGACGACCUGGAGAAAAACGUCCAGUUUUCUUUUACGAAAGCCGCCCUCUUUACCAAACGCAACGCAACCAAGCAGGUGGAACUCAAGCUGAAAGGGUACUCGGAUAGCCAAAAGUCCUGGAGUGAAUUGGACGACAUCAAGGACGUCUUCUGGUUCAACAAGACGGAUAUAUCGGUGUACGUCACAGAGCACUGGAAGGAAGACGCGUUCUUUGGGGACCAGUUCCUGAACGGACUGAACCCAACCAUGAUCCGGAAGUGCACAAAGCUCCCACCUAAUUUCCCCGUGACCCAGGAGAUGGUGGCCGCGUCCCUUGGGGAUUCCACCACACUGCAGGAAGAGCUGGAGAAGGGGGCUAUUUUCCUGGCUGACUACCACAUCCUGGAAGGGAUCCCCGCAGGGCUGAAUAACGGACGCCAGCAGUACAUAGCUGCCCCGUUGUGCCUGCUGCACCUGUCGGCUCAAGGGCAUCUCCUGCCUCUCGCCAUCCAGCUCAGCCAGAGCCCAGGACCCAAAGCCCCCAUCUUCCUGCCCAGUGACUCCGAAUGGGACUGGAUCCUGGCCAAGACCUGGGUGCGCAACGCCGACUUCCUCGUUCACCAGGCUGUCACUCACCUGCUCCGGACACACCUGCUAGGGGAGGUGUUCACCAUGGCCACUCUCCGCCACCUACCCAUGUGCCACCCGCUCUUCAAGCUCUUGAUCCCCCACACGCGCUACAACCUUCACAUCAACACGGUGGCUCGGUUGACACUCAUAUCAAAGGAUGGCGUCUUUGAUAAGGCAACCGGCACCGGUUUCCAGGGCUUGGUGAAGCUGUUGCAAGAAGGCACAGGCGCCAUGACCUAUUCUUCCCUCUGCCUCCCGGAGGACCUCGAGGCCCGCGGGGUGUCCUCGUUGCCAAAUUAUUACUACCAAGAAGAUGGUCUGAAGAUCUGGGCAGCCAUUGAGAGCUUUGUUUAUGGCAUUGUCGACUUUUAUUAUAAAACUGAUCAAGAUGUACAAGGAGAUUCUGAACUGGAGUCGUGGAUAAAGGAGGUUUUCUCCAAAGGCUUCCUGGAACGAAAGUCUUCCGGUAUCCCUUCUUCGUUCAACACUGUGAAGGAGCUAAAAAAAUUCAUGACCAUGGUUGUUUUUACUACUUCAGCUCAACAUGCUGCGGUCAAUAGUGGGCAGUAUGAACUUGGUGCCUGGAUGCCCAACUUCCCCUCAUCCAUGAGGAAGCCCCCACCUCAGACCAAGGGCACAGCGACCCUGGAGAACUACAAGGACACCAUCCCGGAGAUCAACACCACUUGCACCAUCCUGAGCACACUGUGGGUGCUCAGCGCCGAUCCAGGAGACAUGAUCCCUUUGGGGGUUUACCCGAAUGAGCAUUUCACGGAAGACGAGCCAAAAAGGCUCAUUGCGGCCUUCCGGAACAGCCUGGAUCAAAUCUCCAAGGAAAUCGAGGAGAGGAACGAUUCUCUCGCCGAGAGGAAGGAGGCGCUGCCGCCCCAUUACCUCUACCUCUACCCCCCUAAGAUAGAGAACAGCAUCUCUAUAUAAGCAGUGCGGUGGAAACCCUUCCCUGAGCACUGCUCUACUCUCCCAGCUACUUUCCUGCCGUGCUUUGUCUGCCGGUCUUCGCUGGGGAUGGGCUAUUGGCGUGGCUUGCAUGGAUCUGUAGGGGGUGCCUUCAGACGGAGGGCCAAUCAGGCGACACGUCAGUUGGGCUGGAUCUACACUACUG